AUGAACACAUCGAUCAUUGUGUUCCAGCACGACGAAGAACCCAGUUCUAGCUCAAAAUGCGUCGCUAUCACGUCUGCCUGGCAUGACCUGGAUAAUACGGAAUUCGACUGCUGGCCAAAUGAUCAACCCAAUGAACAGAAUAUGAUUGACUGUAUGGGGUUGGAGAUGGCCUGGGUUAAGAAGCCUCCUGAGAAGGUCAUUACCGGGCAGGAGUUUAAUGUUACCUACUCAGUAUCUGCACCUGACAGUUUUUACCAGAAGGCCAUAGCACAAAAUAUUCUUAAAUUCAGCAGUAUGUAUAUAUUUUUUAGUAAUGCCAGUGAAGCUAAAAGGUUUUGUGAGGAAGUUGAAUGUCCAGAGGACUGGAGGUACGCCACUGCCGAAAACUGCUGCAUCUACCAUGCAAAUAUCCACUCCUGCCCGCUGGCCUUUAUGAAGCAGCGUGGGAUCUGUGGCCCGUGGAUCCCUGAUGAUGGUAAAAUAGUGACACACACCGUGUCGCAGGCAGGGAAAAUGACCCAGAUGAACUGGACGGCUAAGGUCGUUUUGGUCCACCUUGGCGUCACCUCAAUGAUCGCUCACAUCAAAGUUGGAACUUUUCAGGUUGCUUUAGAAGCUGAGUCCAUUGUGCUCAGUGGCAAAGUGUGCGGGGAUGACGUCUGCAGUCAGGAUGAGAGCUGCGCCCUGUGCCCCGCCGAUUGUGGCCCAUGCCCAAUGUCAACCACGGUGAAAAUCGCCAUUGUACUCCCCCUGACUCUGUUCUGCAGCGGCUUCAUCUUCGCGAUAGUGUGGUUCCAGUAUCAAAAGCAGAAGAUGCUUUGGGAUGAGAGUUGGAUUCUGACCGUGAAGGACUUACCUGGAGACGAGGUUUGGAAUGAGCUGGGCAGCACCAUCAGCCUGAGACACAACAACAUAGCACCAGGUCAUCGGAUGGAGCUACUGGCAAACACGGUCUUCAUAUGUGGCUCGUCUACAGAAAACUUCAUGCAGACAGGGAUCUACGAUGGACGAAAUGUUUUUGUCAAAAGGAUCUAUAAGAAGAAUUUCACCAUUUCGAAAACCGUAAGAAAGGAAGUGCAGCUCGUACGGAAGCUGGAUCACCAGAAUCUAUGUAAGUUCAUGGGAGGAUCAGUGGAAGGAAACAUCUUCAUCAUCACAGAAUAUUGUCCAAAGGGAAGCCUGGCUGAUGUUCUGCUGAAUGAUGAUGUUCCUCUAAAUUGGGGGUUUAGACUUUCCUUUGCCACGGACAUAGCACGAGGAAUGGCUUAUCUGCACCACCAUAAAAUGUACCACGGGAGACUGACAUCACGUAAUUGUGUCAUAGAUGAUCGAUGGGUUUGCAAGAUCUCAGAUUAUGGUUUGAUGGUUUAUAGACAAGAUGAAUAUAAGGAAUUAAUGGAGAAAAAGCCUGUACAUAUCUACUGCGCCCCAGAGGUUAUUCAGAAUGACAGCUCUUGCGUCCUGCCGACCCCUGCCGCCGACAUAUACAGUUACGCCAUUGUGCUGGUUGAAAUUGCCAGCCGCUGCGAUACCUUCCAAGGAGAUGCUUACCUAAAAGAUGUGACAUGGAGACCAGAGAUACCGGAUCUGAGUGUGGGCAAAUCUGACCACGACUGCCCCAACCAGGAAGAUUAUUUAGAGCUGAUACAGAAGUGCUGGGCCCACAACCCCAUGCUGCGCCCCCCGUUUGAGCAGAUUAAGAAGAAUUUAGAGAAAAUGAAUCCUCAGAGGGUUAGUCCGGUGGACAUGAUGAUGAAUCUGAUGGAGAAGUACAGUAAACAUCUGGAGGCCAUUGUAGCUGAGAGGACUCAGGACCUCUUACAAGAAAAGCAAAAGACCGACCGUCUGCUUUACAGUAUGCUCCCCAAACCUGUAGCGGACGAUCUGCGCCAAGGCCUGACCCGUGAAGCUCAGAGUUACUCCAAUGCUACCGUCUAUUUCAGUGAUAUCGUGGGUUUCACGUCACUGUCUGGGGCGAGCACACCGCACCAAGUAGUCAAUUUCCUAAAUAAGUUGUACACCAAGUUUGAUGACAUCAUUGACAAUUAUGAUGUGUACAAGGUGGAAACCAUUGGAGAUGCCUAUAUGGUGGUGUCUGGUGUACCAAAGGAGAAUGGCAUAAACCAUGUGGCAGAGAUCGCAAGCAUGGCUCUAGACCUGGUUGCUGUUUGCCAUUCCUUCAAGAUUCCACAUAUACCAGCUGCUAAGCUGAAGAUCCGAGCAGGAAUACAUUCAGGUCCUGUUGUGGCCGGAGUAGUUGGGACUAAAAUGCCACGUUACUGCUUAUUCGGAGACACUGUGAACACGGCAUCAAGAAUGGAGUCUACCAGCGAAGCCUUAAAAAUUCAGUGCAGCUCCAGCGCCGCUGAACUACUAAAGGAAAUUGGUGGCUACACUCUCAUAUGCCGAGGCACACUGGAUGUAAAGGGAAAAGGAACAAUGACAACAUGGUGGCUGGAGGGGAAAGAAAAGUCUGGAAGCUGGAAUAUCCAAUAA